AUGUCGCACCUUAAUCUCGCAACACUCGAUACCUCGCAACAUCCCUACCUUCCAGCGUCAUCCCAGACCUUAUUCGCCGCCAAGGCCAAGAGGAAAUUCACCUUCGAAGAUAUCUCCAAGCAAAUCGGCCGCAAUGAAGUAGCUACCGCAGCUAUAUUCUAUGGACAAGCCAAAGCGUCUGCAGAAGACAUCGCCAAUCUCGCCAAGGUCCUCGAUAUUCCACUCAAAUUGCUCGAAGAGCAGCUCAGCGGCUUCCCCGAUCGCGGUCGGUCCGUGGAGAUGCCGCCCAAGGAACCACUGAUCUACCGGUUGUAUGAAAUUGUGCAGAAUUACGGAUACGCGUACAAGGCCGUGUUGAAUGAGAAGUUUGGCGAUGGCAUUAUGAGUGCGAUAUCAUUUUCGACCAAAGUGGAAAAGGAAACGGAUGCCGAUGGGAAUAAUUGGGCUGUGAUUACGUUAAGGGGAAAGUGGUUACCUUUUUCGAGAUUCUAAUGUCAGCCUAACAGAGAGAUGAUAUGUGUAAUGAGACGUUUAUUCAUUGAUCGAAGCUAACAGGUUGGUAUCGUAGACGGUAGGACAGAUAAACAAAGACACGUGUGCAAGCUAAGCAAAACACCAUAUCAAGACUAGAUUGUAAUUGGACUAAAACGAGUCUAGCAGCAGUCCUCGAGACACUCAAAGGCGCAGAGACCAGCGAAGCUU